ACAGAUGUGAUUUGUGAAGACAUGUGUGUAAUAAAAAUGGUGCCCGUUUACCAGCUGGCACUUAUUUUCUAAAUCACUGUAUUCUCAACAUAUUUUGUGUAAAAGUGUGGUGUUAUGGCGUCUAUUUUGGAUUUAGUUAAGCAUUACCAGCAUUCUAUAGAAAAAUAUCCAAAUGACGAACAAAAAGUUUUAAAAUGUAUUGACAAGCUAUACAACUUAGGGGUGACAGUACAACAUCUGCAAGAGACGGGGGUUGGUCGUACAGUCAACGCUUUACGCAAGGAGCCUGGUGAUGUGGGACAAGCGGCUAGAGCCCUUGUGUACAAAUGGAAGGUGAUGGUCGCUGCUGAAGAGAGUGACCAGGAGGGAGAGCAUAACAAUGAGACCUCAAAUUACAAUGGACAUGAACAUGGGAGAGAUAACGACAAUAAUCCAUCUGAGUCUAGAAAUAGACAUGACAAAUCCGAGAAAUAUGAUAGAACACCAAAAAUUGAGGAAAAGCACCAUAAACACUCAAAUGGAGACCACAGUGGGAGUAAGAGAAAGUAUCACAGCAGUGAGGAAGAAGAUCCUGAUACAAAGAAAUCAAAAUACUCAAGUUCAAAAGACAAUGGAUACAUAAAACCUGAAAUUAAAGUCAAAGUGGAACCAUCCGAUAGUGAACUUGAUAGCCAAGAUGAUACAUCUAGUGAAAGUGACAGUGAUGCCUCACAGUCUUCUGAAGAAGAAAGAAAGCCUGAUGUUAAAGUGAAAAAAGAGAAAGUGGAAAAGACUGAAAAGCACGAGUCAACUUCUAGUAAGCAGUCAUCUCAGGGUAGUCAUGAUACACAUAUAUAUGAAUCUAGUUCUGAAAGUGUUAAAGAACACUACAAACAUAAUGCUUCAGAGACAAGUCAUUCCUCUGAAAAAUCUUCUAAAAAUAAGUCAAAUAGUUCCCAAUCAUGUAAAAGUUCCAAAGAGGGAGAUAGGUCUAUUGUUAAGAAAGAAAAAGAACAUAAGUCUGACAAAGGAAAAAGUCACAGAGAAGAAUCCUCAGACAGACACCGGUCUAGCAAAGACUCUGAGAAACAAAAAUCAAGUAGUAGCUCAGAAAAGCCUAAAUCUAAUGGCAGUUCAGAGAAACAUAAAUCUGGUUCUAGCUCAGAAAAGCAUAAACAUAGCAGUAGUUCUGAAAAACAUAGGUCUGAUGGCAGCAAUGCAGAAAAACACAGAUCCAGUAGUAGUUCAGAAAAACAUAAAUCCAGUUCCUCUGAAAAACAUAGGAGCCAUUCAGAAAAAGGUUCAAGUAGUUCUGAAAAACAUAGUUCUAGCAAAUCUGAAAAAGAUAAAUAUAAAAGCUCAUCAGAAAAAGAGAUCUCAAGUGAUAAACAUAAGUCAAAAGAAACAAGUAGUAGCAGUAGUAGUAAAGAUAAGCAUAGCUCAUCGAGUAAAGAAAAAUCAAAAGACAAGCAUAGUUCCUCUAGAGAAAAAGACAGCAGUCACAAAAGUGACAAAAAACAUUCAUCAUCUAAAGAAGGUGACAAGAAAAAUAAUGAUAAUAAGCGAAAGUCUGAUAGUAGUCACGAUGAUGCAAGUAGUAAGAAAAAUAAACAUAAAUCAAGCUCUAGUUCUAGCAAAUCCAGCAGUAGCAAGUCAAAAGACGAAAUACCAAAGAAACAAUCUAAAACAAAUGGCGAAAACAGUGAUGAUGGCAUUGAUUGUGGUUCAGGCGCCAGUUUUGCGGAGGCCCUAGGCAUGCUAAGUCCAGCUAAACCCAAAAAGAAGUCUUUUACCAGAGAAAGCACACAAUCACCUAAUUCCUGUAGUGAAGAUCUGAGCCCGGCCACGUUGCUGGCGCCCAGCGCGAAGCUGGCGCCGCUGCCCGCGCUGGAGAUCUCGGCGCUGCCGGAGAUCUCGCCAAACUACCGGCCGCGGCCGCCGCCCAAGUUCCUGCCGCACUUCACCGACGAGGACGCCAUGAGCUGCGUUAUAUCCUCCAAGAAUCAAAGGACAAAAGUUUACUCUGGCAACAAAGUGAUAGGAAAAAUUCCGACAUUGUAUGAAAUGUGCGUAAACGUCCUACAAGAACAUAUAGACGCUCUUGAGUACACGGGCGGCGUGCCGUACGAGAUCCUCAAGCCGGUGGUGGACCGCGCGACGCCGCAGCAGCUGUUCGUGCUGGAGCACUAUAACCCUUACCUUAUGGAGGACACGGACCACUUGUGGCAGAAAUUCUGCGAGAAGAGCUUCCGCACCAAGAAACGACAGGAGUUCGAGACUUGGAGGGAGAUGUACAUGCGAUGCCAGGAGGAGCAAGAAAUAAGAUUAAAAUCCCUGACCAAUAACAUAAGGAUUGCUCAAGAAGCCAAAAAGGCACCCAUCAAACAAACAAAAAUGGCUUACGUGGAUUCGGUAGUGAAACCGCCGCGGAACAUAUUGAAGAAACAAGCUCAACAUGGAACAGCGUUCGCAGCGACGGCCAGCCCAGCGGCGCGCGUGGCGGCGCUUGCGGCCGCGCCCAACGUGCUGAAGGGCGGCCGCGCGGCGCCGGCACCCGUCGCCACCUCCGCCGGCGCGCUCAAGCCCAAGAAGGCGCCGCUCAUGCAGAAGGCGCUGCAGUUCAUGCGCGGCCGGAAGCGAUGAUAAACGCCGAUAUUCUAUCAGCGAACCUUCUUCAUAUGGGUCAUCCAUUUAUUGUGUAGGGUAACUAUGUACUUUUCACCCAUCUAUCACCCAAACCGAAAACGCGUCGCUAACGUAGUAGGCUACUCUUUAGUCUCCACGCCCGGUCAAGCCAAAGUUGAGGUCAAACUUAACCUUGUACCACCAAGUAAUAUUAUCAGAUUCCUUUACCGCAUCUAUACUAAUAUUAUAAAGAGGAAAAAGCGAUUUCGUAUGUACAGGAUAAUAUCGAGAAUUAAUGAUCCGGUUCUGAGAAUUCUUUAACUGGUAGAUAACUAUGUUGUUGUAUGGAUUUAAAAUAUCGCUAAAAAAUGUACAGUUCCUGUAGAUCACGCGGAUGAAGUGGGCAAAAACUAGUAUAACAUAAAUGCAAAAUAUGCAAAUUCAGAGUCAAACAAAUCUCAUAGGUAUAAAAAUUAAUGCUUAUAUCUGAAAAAUUAAAGGAAUAUUGGUUUGAUACUAUGACAUGCCCUAUUUAUUAGCCUGUACUGCCAUACAACUGGGCAAAGACAUCCAAUUUCGCUACAACUCUAUUCACCUCCUCCCUUCUUUUCUUGGCCAUAUAUUUUAUCUAAUUCAUCGCGCCAUCGCCUCGGCCUGCCUGGCUCGGCUGAUGAUUUUGAGAGAUCCACAAAGAAGCAGAUCUGGCAUAUAAGGCACUCAAUGGCCUGCAGUACCAUAAUACAUUUAUAGUUAAAAAGGUUGGCCGAUAUCGGCUAUUGAGUUUUGGAACGUAUGGCAGAAUUCCUUACGCGGCGGGUUAAAUAACCUAACCCCUCCGAAUUUACAUAAUGCGCCUGCGAAUAAAUUAUAUUAUUCUAAUCAAGGAUGUGUUUAUCCAAAAAAUUUGUUCGUUCUUGUUUGGCUAUUACUAUAUGAAAAUUGAAAAGUAUGUAAAUUUUCAGUUUUCAUGUUCAGUAAAGAAGUGUUGCAGUCUCAACACAAGGCGUAUCACUGUGCAGUGUAUAAACAGAUCUCAGCAGGCCUUGGGUCCUUGACUGUACCUGCGCAGACCGCCAUGUCUCGACUUACCAUGUCUCGACUUAGAUUGGACUACCUGUCGAUCACUGUAUAGUGUAUGAUAUUAUGAGCGUGACUUGAAGUUUUAUUUGGGCCAUUUUAUUUUAGGUAUAUAAAUUAAUCUGCCCAUUGUCGUAGUUUAGUUUCAAAGUUUAGGAUAAUGUUAAUAUAUAAGGAUUUAAUAUUUUUAGGAGUCACUGAACAGAAACUUAGGCAAUCAUCAAAAGUACCUAAACGUUUAAGUACUAGACCUAUAAAAAUUGUUUUUGGAGAUGUUUGCAUUUUACUUACUGUAUAUGUUACAUUUAAAUACCGAAAACACUCAUUGAGCGAAAAAACAGCUCAACGCGUUGUAGCAAUCGCAGAAAGGCCACAGCGAAAUUUGUGGCAUGACUAUUUAUCGUAUUCGACCACAACGCGUUGCAAUGAAGGGAAGCCACGACGCGUUCUGAGUAGUCUUAUCCCUAAAGUGGUAUUGUAAAGGGCGAAGCCAGUCUACUGUCAUUUAAAAACUUGACCUUUUAUCUUAGUCAGCAUCUUCCCCCUCCCUUUACCAUCUCUCUCCUAUUUGUCACAUACUGCUCCAUGCUGCAUCGUCUCCUAUUUGUACACUUUGUACAUACAUAAUUGAACGUCUAAUUAAGCUAGUUAACUGCGACAGUUAUACCAACUAGUGCUCAGAACUCGUGGCUUUUCUUCAUUGCCGUGGCGUUCAGUGGCGUUGUGAUCGUACAGCUAGAUAGCCACGACACGAAUUUCGCUUUGUGGCUUUCUAUGUUUGCCACAAUGCGUCGUGAGCUUGAGAUUUUCGCUCACUAAGCGUAACAUUCUACAUAAGUAUUUUGUUGAUUUUAACCUAAUGACACAUGAAUUAAUUAAAACUAAUGUUUAAUUUCGUAGAAUACACAAUUUUGACGAGGAUUCUUUAUUGUAAUCUUUCCUCCCUUUUUGAUGUAAUCAUCAAAAAAACAGUAAACUAUAAAAUUGCAUGUAAGUAAUUUGUAUCACAUUGUAUUGUAAUGCGCAUGUAUCAUACUAAGUAUGUUUUCAAAAUAAAUUUUGUUUUAAAAAUAUUAUUACUGCGAAAUAACGUUGUGUUUACGUAUGCAUUGGGAAUUAUUGCGUAUUACUUAUGCAUUAAGAAAAUUCUAGCUAGAAUUUAAAUUGAAAAAUUGUGUAUAAUGGCCAAAACACAAUUCACUGUUUUUUGUUCCAAAUGUAGGUAGGUACAUUUAAACACUUUUUCAUAUAUUUUAUGCGCAUUGUCUGGAUAUCAAUGCACUAUGUAAAACUUUUUAAUUUACAUUUAUCAAGAAUAUUGGUAGUUUGUAAGUAUGAAACAAUAUUUUGUUACUUAUAGAAACUUUAAUAAUUCUAACUUUAUUUGACGUUAUUUAUUUUGCAAAUUGACAAAAUAAUGGAAGCUGAGUUGCUUGCUUAAAUAAUGUUCUGAUUUUCUAAUUUCUAAGGCCCACUUGCACAAGGACACUUACACUGAUUUAAUUAUACUGUCACUUUCUAACAAAAGCAUUAUACGGUUGCCAAGAAGCGACAGCAUUCAAAAAUUUUACUUUAACUUAAAUCAGUAUAUGUGUUCUAUUCUGAGCCUAAGUUCUAAAAAAAAUUUAAAUAAAAUUAAAACAAGUCUAAUGAGUAUAAUAUGUAUUGGUUUAAUUUUUUUUUGCAAUAAAAUUGUGUUCCAUAAAAGAAUUGCUUAUUAAGUGAUUAGAUUGUCAACUUAUUAUUUAAACUCACAUUAAAUUAAAUAGUUAACUGGAACAGUAUGGGAAAGUCCAUAACAUGCUUGACCAAAAAAUUAAUUAUGCCAUUUUUACAAAAUGAUUUGAGGUUCUUAAGACAGUUUCCCUGUAUCUGCUAUGGUUUCGGAUUUCCCCAUACUGUCCCAGUUAAAAAAUCACACUGAUAUUCUAAAAGUUCAAGCUGAUUCAAGCAAAAAUAAUGCUUUCUUAUUAUCUAUAUUUUUCUGUAACAUUACUAUUUUAAAGUAAACUAAAAUACCUAUGAAUAUAGGUCUUGUAAAUAUGUAUAAUUUAUUAAGUUAGGACUUUUAAAACAUUAUUUUUUAGACAAGGUAGGUACCCAUUCGUUCCUGCGUGAAACCAAAAAGGAAAGUUCAUAUUUCCCAAAAAUGUUAGAAAUUCAAAAAGAAUUGAACAUAUGGUCAUCUUCAAGAAAAUGUAAGUUUAUAUAGUGACUAGUAUUAGAAUGGCAUAAAACAAUUUCUAAGAUAUGUAGUCAACAAUUGAUAAUGUAUCAUCAAUCUUUCUGAUCUUAAUUUAAGCAAAUUUUUUGUUAUCGUAACUCUUUUUAGGGUUCCUACCCAAAGGGUAAAAACGGGAGCCCUAUUAAUGUCACUCUGCUGUCUGUCUGUCCGCGUGUCACAGCUCUCUGUAUUGGUAUUGUUGUGAUAAGAUGAAAUUAAAAAGAAGUUUAAGUAUGGAUAUGUUAAAUAUUAUUAUUACUAUGUACUUCUAAUAUUUAGCAUCAUUUACAUUGACAAUUGACAUCAACAAUUUUAUAAUACAAAAACACAUUAAGUACCUACAUUAACAACAGUAAUUAAUUCAAAUUGUACCAUAUUAGACUGCAUCACAUUUUUAUUAAAAGUUUGAUCUAUGAGUGGCUCAAUGAAGCAUUUACAUAAAUAUCAGUAUAUAUUUGGAAAAACUUAGGUACUUCAUAUAAUAUGUAUACUUAUAUUGGUGUUGCUGUGAUAAGAUGAAAUAACAAAAAGUUACAGAUAUUUCAAAAUGAUAAUAAUUACUUCUAUUUAGCGUCUUCUCAAUUAACAUUUACAAUUCACAUUUUAUAACACAAACUAACAUCAUAUUCCACUUGUAGAAUAAUGAACUAAGUACAUCACAUUUUUAUACGAGUUUUAUUCAUAAGUGGCUCAAUAAAGCAACACAUUAAUUCAUAGACAUCUUGUUAUUUUUUUCAUAAGUAGAUAACUAUAGAAUAUGUCUAGAAGUAAAUAGCAAUUUAGCAAAAAAAAAAUGUUAGUUCAAUGUAGAUACCUACUUUAGUAGAGUUUAUAAACAGAAAGAAGAAGAAGAAAUAGCAAGUCCCCAAGGAUAUACACAUUGUUUUAUCCUUCAUUAAACAAGCUGUGAAAAAUAGAUUUAAAUUAGCUGUGUGAAGAGCAAAAUAGUUUUAAGUUAUUAAAUAUUUUAAGGGUGACUAAAAUUUUAAUCACCAGUAUCUGUGUCUUUAGCAUAUUGAGUGUCAUAAGUAGCACUGGAUGGGACCUGGUGGUGAUGUUUUUAAAAAAACGCCUAUGAUAAUGUAAUAUUAGUAAAUAUAUUGGAAUAAAUGUAUUUUUAAUAAAAUGUGUAUCCAUAAUCUGUUGCUUAUAAAUUAUCAUCACCUGUAUUGCUUGAUUUAUACAUAUAAAUCACUAUAAGUAUACUUUCAUGAAAUGAGAAGUGCUGGUGGCAGUAUGGUGGCUGUGAACGAAUGACAAUGCUAUAUGGGCAGGCACUUAAUAUGCUAAUAUUAUGAUUAAAGUUACCUAAAAAUUUAAUUAAUUUUAGUACAACAUAGUUUUAUAUUAAAUAUUUGUACAGAUUUUUCACAAUCAUAAUUGUUAAAGCAUUACAACUAGUUUUUAUUUUUUAUUUCUUUUCUGAUUUAUGAAAAUGCCAUUAUUUAUACUGUGAAUAUACUUCGUUUGUGGAUUUA